GCCUUGGGAGAAGCAACACGGGCCGAUCACUGGCUGUUCUGCCUCCUCGAUCACAAGCCGCACGUCCAGCUCCGCCAGCGACUCUGAGCCCGACGGUCCUGCCGGAUUUACCGCUGAAACAAAGGGAAGGUCCGACCAGCCGCUCCAUCCUGGUGAAGGUCAGUGAUGGUCAGUGCUAGUUAGAGCCUGCAGCUGAGGAUGUCUGCUACGGAUUCGGACAACUCCAUUGACUGGCUGGCUAGUGACAAUGAGGAAAACGAGAGCGAACAGGAGUCUGACUGUACCAGAGAGCACAGCCAGACAGAUCCUUCUCCAUCCCCCAGCGCCUCUCCACACCUGGGCCCGUCUGACAGCAGCUGCCGCCGGAGCAGCGAGUUGAAGGAGGGCGACGGUAACUGGAGCGAGGUCAGGGAGGUCUCCAGCCGGGGAUCCCCCGACUGCAUGGAGAAAUGGGACAGAGGCACUGCCACUGGACUCUGUAAAAUGCAGCACGGAGAGAGAAUGAAUGGCAGAAGCACCCAGCAAGCACUGAAGAGAACUCACAGCUCCACGGAGGGGGAUCGUAAAGAACGGCAGCUCAUUUCCAACGUGUCAGAGAGAGACCGAAUUUUUAGCAGGAAGUGCAUGGAGCUACAAUGCUACAUUCAUCCGCUGUCGUCAAUCCUGAAUGGUCUUCGAUCAGGGAGAUACAGAGAAAGACUCAGCAGUUUCCAGGAGAGUGUGGCCAUGGACAGGAUUCAGAGGAUCAUGGGCGUCCUGCAGAACCCCUACAUGGGGGAAAAGUACAUUAAUAUAAUCCUUAAGAUGGAGGAAAUGCUGAAGAGCUGGUUCCCUAAUGUAAAACUCCAAGACCAACUCACUGCCACCCAGACAGAGGAAGCUGUUCCUACCAAGAAACUGAAGCUAUCUCCAGCGACCACCACUGCAGCAGCGACCCCCGUCAUCGUCAGCGAGCCUCCAGCCGGCACCAAAGCCCUGAGAGUCACCGACCUCACUCCUCCUGGAGCCUACUCCGCCAAUAACCUGAAGUGGCUCCACACGUCACCCAUCUGCUCCCCCACAGCAGAGCAGGCCCAGGCUGGUCCCAGGCACCUGCUGUCCCCCAGAGACAGAGACCUAACGCAGGACAGCGCUGUGUCCUCCAGCACGGACAGCCACACUAAGACAGACUCGGUGCCCAGAGGCCCUCCGCCGGGCAAAAUCAACGCGCCCUGUCUAGAGAGGCUCCUUAAAUCAACAGACAGCAUCAUCACACGCAAGGGGACAGGCGGCUUGAUGGACAGCAGCUGGUCCUAGUCCACGCAGAGGGGCUGGCCGUCCAGCUUAGCCUCGCCUUGCCCGACCCCGCCGGGAGCCAGUUCAGCUCGCUUAGCUCAUUCCAGCCUUCAGGAGAGAUGAGAGCCUUCAAAAGGGAUGUCACAGAUUCCUCUGUAAUGUGGAAGGAGCGUCGACAAACACGUUCUACUCUCUGUUUGGCAAUGUGUCCUUUCUGACAUGACAAGUGUCUGCUUUAGUUCCCUUUUGUUGACUUAUCUUUGGUUUUAUCGUUUGCACUCUUGAAUAGCGUGUGUGAGAGUCGGAAGGAUAGAUUUUUACAUGCCGAGACAACCGGAGCAAGUGUUUUUCACAGCUGAAUUGUUCCCCACUGGCUUGUAGAUGUAAUAAUCCAGUUUGAGUAUCUGUGAAACAGCCAUCAUGCCUGAAAGGGAAAGAACUGCAGGAGAAGCUUGAUGCUGAGAGGGAGUACUUUUCAGAUGUCCAGACAUGUCAGUGGUCUACAUAUUGUUGUGCUGAAAAUGUGGGUGAAAUGUGAUGUUGCCCUCCUCCUCACUCCCUCCUCUCCAUCCCCUCUUCUCCAUCCCCUCCCUCCCUACCUCCCUCCCUCCAUGACUCCACUCUUAAGUUUAUUGAUGUGACUGUUACACAUUUGUAUUCUUUAUAAAUAAGUCUUUUUUUGGUACAACUGUUCUACCUCAGUGAGCACCACGUCGCGGUUGGUGAGUAGGAAUGUGAACACUAUGCUCAACGUCUGGACACCUCACCAGGUCUGCAGUGAGCCAAACGGCCUCUGACAGCGAGGUCCGCGGUGCAAGUCGCCCUGCUUGUGCAAACAGAGGAUGCUCUCUCCAUGGGGACGCUCUCGUGGCCUGACUGGUGCCAUUGUAAAGAAUGUCCACUGCAGAUUUCUUUCUCGAGUCUCCCUGUAGAAGGCAAACAGUGCCUGUAACGUCAAGCUGUGCCUGUAAGCCGGUUUAAUAAAGAGAGAGAACCGUUCAGAAUACCUGCUCCUCUGUGGGAUGUACAAAUCAGGAAUUCUCACUCUCCUGCCAUUUUCCUGUAUUGAGUAAAUUAUUCGGAUCUUGCCAACUACUUUCUGUGGUGGAGUAGAACAAUUGCUAUUUUAUUUUGCCACAGAACUGGACAGUAUGUUCGACCAGCAGAGAGGGACAAGGUAUUUGUCUGUGUAAAUCGUACAGAAAGGUUGUCAAUUUACCCUGAAAAGUGGCCUUUAUAGUGUGAAAUUUUAUACUUUCAAAAUAAAUGUGGUUAUAUUUGUUUGAUGCAAAAUGA